CCCAGACACUUCGAUUUUGCCGUUUUAGGCUUUUAGUUUCAGUUUCCUUGUAUCGUAUCUCUGUCGUGUUUAUUUUGUUAUUUAUUUUAACUUGGUUUUCCAGAAAUGGCCCCGCAAACGAGACGAACAGCGUUUCCUAAGGUACUUAUUGGGAGAGAUUCGGACUAUGAACAAAGCUCUUCAGAGGAAGAAGAAGAAGAAGAAGAAGAAGAAGAAGAAGGAGGCCCACCAUCAGAAGAAGAUAAUGAAAAUGAAGAGAAAAUGGAAGAUUUUAAGGAUGCCAAAAGGAAAGGAAAGAUACCCAUUACUAUCAGUCUCAAGAAAGUCUGUAAAGUUUGUAGGAGGGCGGGUCACGAGGCGGGGUUUAAGGGGGCUACGUAUAUUGAUUGCCCAAUGAAGCCUUGCUUUCUUUGCAAAAUGCCUGGUCAUACUACAAUGACAUGUCCACAUAGGGUAGCUACAGAGCAUGGGGUCAUCCCAGCACCCCAUAAAAAUACCCAGAAUCCAGUGGAAUUUAUAUUUGAGCGCCAACUUAGACCUGGAAUUGCUUCGAUAAAGCCAGCAUAUGUGAUCCCAGAUCAAGUGAAUUGUGCCGCUAUCAGAUACCACAGUAGAAGGGUAACGAGUUUGGAGUUCCAUCCCACAUACAAUCACAUCCUUUUGUCAGGAGACAAGAAAGGACAACUUGGAGUCUGGGAUUUUGCUAAAGUGCAUGAAAAGACAGUUUAUGGAAACAUACACUCGUGUAUACUCAAUAACAUGAGGUUCAGUCCUGCAAAUGAUGGUACAAUAUAUGCUGCAUCCUCAGAUGGAACUGUUAGUUGCACUGACUUGGAGACUGGAAUCUCAACAUCUUUAAUGAAUCUUAAUCCUGAUGGUUGGCAGGGGCCAGGCAGUUGGAGGAUGCUUUAUGGCAUGGAUAUUAACUCAGAGAAAGGUGCUGUGCUUGUGGCGGAUAACUUUGGUUUCCUCUACUUGGUGGACACUCGCUCCAACAGCCGAAUUGGGAAGGCAAUUAUGAUCCAUAAGAAAAGAAGCAAAGUCGUCGGUCUACACUGUAAUCCUGUUCAACCAGAUCUUUUGUUGAGCUGUGGAAAUGAUCACUUUGCUCGUUUGUGGGAUAUGCGUCGAUUAGAAGCUGGAUCUGCUCUUUAUAACCUAGAGCAUAGGCGUGUUGUUAACUCUGCCUAUUUCUCUCCAUUGUCUGGCAGCAAAAUUCUUACCACAUCUCAGGAUAAUCGCCUUCGUAUAUGGGAUUCCAUCUUUGGUAAUUUGGACUCACCAAGUCGAGAAAUUGUACAUAGUCAUGAUUUCAAUCGACAUUUGACGCCUUUCCGAGCUGAAUGGGAUCCCAAGGAUCCAUCAGAGUCUCUGGCAGUUAUUGGUCGCUACAUAAGUGAAAAUUAUAAUGGAACUGCCCUACAUCCCAUUGAUUUCAUAGAUAUCAACACAGGGCAUUUAGUAGCUGAGGUUAUGGAUCCGAACAUUACUACUAUUAGUCCUGUGAACAAACUACAUCCACGAGAUGAUGUUUUGGCAACUGGUAGUUCAAGGUCUCUGUUCAUUUGGAGGCCAAAGGAGAAGUUAGGCGUUGCAGAACCGUUAGAUGUGAGGAAAAUUAUUGUCUUUGGAGGAGAUGGCAAGAAGCGAGGCAAGAAGUAUAGAGAUGAAGAUGAUGAUGAUUCUGAUGAUGACAAAUUCACCUUCAAAGGCAAGAAUGUUAAGGUCAAAAAGUCUGAGAAGCAAACAACCCGUUAUAGUCGAAAGGCGAAACGCUGAGUAAGGAACAUGGUCGCUCUGGAUCAAUCUUUUGUCUGCAAUGGACAAGCUUUUUUGUUUUGGGUUUGAAAACUCCCAUCUGCUAAUGCUGUACAGGUCACUAACAUGCCUAGCCUCCUUUUCCCUUCAGCAAAAACUCUCUUCUCAUCACUGAUAAAGUAGCUGAGUUAGUAUUUAUCGU